CAUCUAUCACGUGGUGGCGUCACGUGGUUAACAGGAAGCUGCGAUGUGUUUACCUAUGUGUCAUCCAUCCACUGCGACACUGAACAUCUUGUAUCUGCAAUGAAAUCCAAGACGGUUUAAUGAGAUGAAUCGGCCCUGCAAGAGGUCUUUGUGCUGGUUUAGUCCCCCCCUCCAUCACCAACAUGGCGUCUUCAAGUUACACCUGCAGCCAGGACAACGCUACAGAGAAGGAUAGGCUCCUCUACUCCACGUCCAGCUAUGGGUCCCAUGAUCUGCAUGGGAGGCCCCGUCCCACUGCUCUGGUGGGCAAUGAGCUGCAGCGGCAGCUGGAGGAGGAUGAAGAGGAGGAAGAAGCCCUGAGAAGGAAACUCAAGUACUUCUUCAUGAGCCCUUGUGACAAAUAUAAUGCGAAGGGACGCAAGCCUUUCAAACUGGGCCUGCAGCUGCUUAAGAUCAUCACUGUGACUGUGCAGCUGGUGCUGUUUGGACUGACUAACCAGAUGGUCGUGACGUUCAAAGAGGAAAACACAGCAGCAUUCAAGCACCUUUUCCUGAAGGGUUACAAGGACAAAGCUGCUCAGGCCGUCCACACGCAAGCAGGGCUCUACAGCCACAUCCACUUUGCCAUAGAGCAGUACCUGGCUCUACCUGAGCUCGCGGUUGGUCGGUACGCAUAUGUGAUGGGCGUUGGCGUGAAAGGGAGCGCGCUCUCUCUCUGUCAGAGGUACUACAGUAAGGGCACCAUCGACCCGGUCAAUGAUACGUUUGACAUCGACCCUCGUGUUGUUACAGACUGCAUCGGCCUGAAUCCCAUAACAGACAGUUCUGCUCCUGGAAACAGUGACUACAAGAAUUUUACACUCGAGUUUUACAAGCUGAUCAAUGUAACAAUUGACUUCCAGCUCAAGGCCAUAAACAUCCAGACCAUUAUAAACAACGAAAUCCCCGACUGCUACACCUUCGCUAUCACAAUCGUCAUGGACAACCGGGCACACAGCGGUAAAGUUAAGAUCAGUUUACAGAACCAGGCCUCCAUUAAAGAGUGUAAAGACACCAAUGUGUCUGGACAUGCGGAAAGCUACGCUCGAGAGUUCUUUGAUGUGCUGGUGGCGAUCGUCUGCCUGCUGUCUCUGCUGCUGUGUGGCCGCUCCAUCCUCAGAGGAAUCCUCCUGCAGCAUGAGUACGUGCAGUUUUUCAAGCACAAACUUGGCCGCAGUGUGAGCUGGGGAGACAGAAUGGAGUUCAUCAACGGCUGGUACAUCCUGCUCAUCAUCAGCGACUUGUUAACUAUCAUCGGCAGCUUCAUUAAAAUUGGCAUCGAGUCUAAGACUUUGUCUUCAUAUGAUGUGUGUGGGAUCCUGCUGGGAACGUCCACUCUGCUGGUGUGGGUGGGAGUCAUCCGCUACCUCAGCUUCUUUCAGAAAUACAACAUCUUGAUUGUAACUCUAAGAGCUGCUUUUCCAAAUGUCAUCCGCUUCUGCUGCUGUGUAGCUGCUAUUUAUUUAGGAUACUGCUUCUGUGGAUGGAUUGUACUGGGACCCUAUCACACUAAGUUUCGCUCCCUGUCCAUGGUGUCAGAGUGUCUGUUUUCUCUGAUCAAUGGGGACGACAUGUUUGUAACCUUUGCUGAGAUAGAGCAAAGCAGCACACUGGUGUGGAUCUUCAGCCAAGUCUACCUUUACACCUUCAUCUCCCUCUUCAUCUACAUGGUGCUGUCCCUCUUCAUCGCGCUCAUUACUGGAGCCUAUGACACAAUUAUGGCCCAAACGCAGGACCAGGUCCGCAUCACAGAUCUCCAUGCUUUCAUUGCACAGUGCACAGACACACCCAGUUCUGGCAAAUUCCGUGUGCCUGAGGGGUCUUCAUGCUCCUUCCUGUGCUGCUGUGAAUGGUGAGGAGGAGGAGGGCAUAAAAGAUGUACAGAAGCUCUAAACAGGAUGUGUUUGAGAAGCAAGACACUUUUGAUUUUUCCCCUCUCUAUCUUUAAAGCACCAUAUUUCCACUCCAGUGACAGCUGACAGAAAUUGCAGCCUUUUUUCCUGACGCUCAGCAGGGAUGAUAAGCACCUGGAGAGUGAACUGGCUGACCUUGAAUUACUUUGUCCACCAGUGCCAGUGUUUGAAUUUUGCAUUUAAAUUUGUGCUGGAAUAGUAGAUUGCACUGCACAGUCAUAAGCCCAAUUACCUGCCUAAGCUUUUGUACUGUAUGAAUAAUUUAUUGCCACAUUCUGAAAUGUCAGGUUGUUAGGCCUUACAUGACUAGAACCAUAAUGACAGUAAGUACAUUCAUCUCUGUAGACUGGACACAGGGUCCAUCAAGUAGAAUGAAAGCAACUUUUUGCUUGAGCAAUCAACUAUAUACAGGGUUUUUUAUUAUUUAAUUGUCUAUAUGGUUACCUAUUAUUUUUUUGUGCCUCAUAAUUAUGUAAAUAUUCAACUUGUGGAUCUUAGUGGUAGAACAAAUAUGAGAGUCAGCCACGCAAGGUAAGAAAAAAAACAUUAUCUUGAUGAAUGCAUUAGCUUUAGCAGUGUUUUCACUUAAGGCUGUUUCUGCCUUAUUUGAUUUUCUCGCUCCUCUAUCCCUUUGUUCACAUCCUCCAAUGGCUGAAAAGAGAUGAUAGCUGCACGAGGAAGGACAAGCCCUGGAGCUGACCAUUUAGCCAUCAAUAUGUAUGAACUGCUUCUGCCUGAGGAGCCAGGUGCAUAGAGGAAGCUUUUUUACACUGGAAAACUGUAGGAGUAGGACAUUGUAUUAGACUAUAGUACCUUCAAAUGACAGAGGGUAGUAACUGAAGAAAAGGAUUAUAUAGUUUUAAGGCUUUUUAGGUUAUUUAUUUAUUAAUGUUGCAACUGGUACACUUGAAUACUACACUUACAGACAACACAAAACAUCAAGCACACAUUCCUAAUUCUUAUUUUAGCUCAUAUGUCCAUUUGAAUCUGUGAAUUUGUUUUUCAUGAAUCUAAAAUCCAGCUAAAUGUGUGAUGUAUUAAUUUUUUCAUUUAUGGUUGUGCAACUGAACGAAAUCCUGUCAAUUCUGCUAGAAUGCUACUCUGAUAAACUAAGCUAAUUCAAGCCCAGCUUUUCCACUUUAGCAUUUUAUUAUGAGUUCUACAUUAUUAUUUAAUGGUCAUUUCUCUAUAACUAGCUUAAUUCAAAGCUAAACUAGCUUAAAAGCGAGCUUAGCUGCUAGCUUAAAUGCAUCCUAGACUUUUAGUAAAAGCUUAUUUACUAUCACCUAGUUUAACAACCCAUUUUAAGGUAUAAUAUUGACUGUAGCCUGUCCAAAAAUCUGAUUAUUGUUUAGGUUUUUUUUUUUUUAAUAUUUUAAAAAAAUCUAAACUAUCUUUAAAGCAGUGAAAGCUAAUCUACUAUUUUACCACCUAGCAUAAUUGCUCAUUAUUGAAGGUAUAUUAUUUAUGACAGAAACAGAUGUUCAAAAACCAGAUCCCUAUUUUAAUUGAGUUUCAAACGAAUCUGUGUAUUGGUUCUAUAGGGCUCUAUAUACUGUGAGAGUUGCCUGUAUUUUAUAUUACAUUGUUGUUAUGUGUGACACAGCCAUUACAUUUUAUCUGUGUUUGAGUAAGGUUACUUGUGCAUACCAGCACUUUGUUUUUUUUUUCCCCUAAGUAUAGUUUAUGGAAACUUACUGAUGCUUUUUAA